AUGCAGCAGCAGCAGCAGCAGCAGCAGCAGCAGCAAGAUGCAAGCAGCAACAACGAUAGCAGCAGCAACAACAACGACAGCAGCAACAACAACAACAACACCGAUAGCGGCAACAACAGCAACAGCAGCAGCAGCAUCAACAGCAGCAACAGCAACAGCAGCAACAGCAGCAGAACAGCAGCAGCAGGCAACCGCCGUCUGUCUUUCACCAAAGGUGGCAUCCCUCAGCAGCAACAACAACAGCAGCUGCAGCAGCAGCAACAACAACAACAGGCUCAGCAACAACAGCAGCAGCUGGAUCAGCAGCAGCUGGAUCAGCAGCAGCAGCAGCAGCAGCUGGAGCAGCAGCAGCAGCAGCAGCAGCAGCUGGAUCAGCAGCAGCAGGAGCAGCUGGAGCAGCAGCAGCAGCAGCAGCAGCAGCAGCAGCAGCAGCGGCAUCUGAGGCCUUUUUCGUUUAUGUUUGGUUCUCCAUUUGCCUUAGCGGGUUAUUUGUUUCCCUCAACACAAAACGAAGAAAACAAAAAAACAAAAAACAAACAAAGAAAAUUAAACAGCAAUACAGGCGCUGCAGCAGCAGAUGCAGCAGCAGCAGCAGCAGCAGCAGCAGACACAGCAGCAGCUGCAGCAACCUCUGAUACAACGGAUGCAGCAGGAGCUGCCGACAGCGGAGGAACAGCAGCAGCAGCAACACCAGCAGCAGCAGCAGCAGCAACAACAACAACCGCAGCUCCCUCCCCCGCCGCACCAGCAGCAGCAGCAGCAACCGAAGCAGCAGCAGCAGCAGCAGCAGCAGCAGGUGAGUUGCAUGCGAACUAUCAGGUGGCAGUGAUGAGCGAAGAAGAGGAGAAGGCAGUGAUGGAGUUGCUGCAGCAGCAAGCUGCUGCUGAGGAGGCUUUGGGGGCUGAGAUAAGCAGCAGAAGAGUUCUGCUGCAGCAGCAGAGCAGCAGCAACCUGCUGCUGCUGCUGUGCUGCUUGCUGCUGGUGGGCCUAUUCAACGCAGGCCCUGACGCCGUGCUCGGUGCUGCUGCAGCAGAAGACAUCAUCACAAUUGCAGCAGCAAACCCCAAACAUGCUGCUGCUGUUGCUACUCUCAUCAACGCUCUGCAGCAGCAGCAGUUGCAACAGCAACAGCAGCAGCAACAAAGACAGCAGCAACAAAGACAGCAGCAACAACAGCAGCAGCAACAACAGCAGCAGCGGCAAGAGCAGCAACAGCAACAGCAGCAACAGCAGCAACAGCAGCAGCAACAGCAGCAGCAACAGCAGCAGCAACAGCAGCAGCAACAGCAGCAGCAGACUUCGUGA